UAAGGGCUUCGAGGCCGGAGCAUUCCUGAGCGCUGAGCUGGACGGUGCGGCCCAUGGCGGCCAUGAGGCCCUGGCACUGCCUGCUGCUCCUGCUCCUCGCCCCGGCCCUGCGCGCCCAGCAGCAGCUCAUGGAGUACGUGGAGCGGCGCCUCAGCCUUCUGGAGGAGAGGAUCUCACAGUGGCACGACCAGAGCAGCCGCUACUCCACAGAGCUGCGGGACUUCAAGAACCAGGUGCUGGGGAUGCUCGAGGCAGCAGAGAAGGAGCGGGAGGCGAUGCGGACAGAGGUGGAGAGCACGGCUGUGCGCGUGGACCGCCUGGAGCGUGAAGUAGACUACCUGGAGACUCAGAACCCUGCACCCCCCUGCGUGGAGGUGGAUGAGACCUUGAUGGAGAAGCAGGUGGCCACAGCCAAGAAGAGGAAGAACGAGAAGUACACCAAGCUGACAGACUGCAGCGACACCAUCGCAAGCGUCAGAGCUAUGAAGAUCCUGAAGCGUUUCGGCAGCACCUCGGGGCUCUGGACCAAGGAUGCCGCAGGGACCUCUGAGAAAAUCUACGUCUUUGAUGGCACUGCCAACGACACCGUGUAUGUCUUCCCUCGCAUGCGGGAGUUCACUCUCUUCUCUGCCACCCGCAAAGCCGCUCGCAUCAAGCUGCCCUACCCUUGGGUGGGCACUGGGCACCUCGUCUACGACGGGCACCUCUACUACAUCCGCCAGCAAGGCUCCUUCCAGGUGAUCAAGUUCAACCUGGCCAACAAGACGGUGGUGGACAGCUCGGUGUUCCCAGCUGAGGAGCAGAUCCCCGUCUUCGGGCUGUCUCCCUUCACCUACAUCGAGGUGGCGGCAGACGAGGAGGGGCUCUGGGCCAUCUAUGCCACCAAGGAUGAUGAGAAGAACAUAUGCCUGGCCAAGCUGGACCCCACCUCGCUGGACAUUGAGCAGAUGUGGGAUACGCCGUGCCCGCGGGAGAAUGCCGAGGGUGCCUUUGUGGUGUGCGGGGCGCUACAUGUGGUCUACAACACCCGCCUGCCCAGCCGCUCCCGCGUGCAGUGCGUCUUCGAUGUUAGCGGCACACUGGCCCCCGAAGACGCCUCCCUCGUCUACUUCCCCAAGCGCUACGGCUCCCACUCCAGCAUGAAGUACAGCCCCCAGGAAAGGCAGAUCUACGCCUGGGAUGAUGGUUACCAGAUCAUCUACCGCAUGGAGAUGAAGAAGAAGCUGGAGGUGUGAGGGGCCGUGGUGGGGCGUCCCCGCACCUCCAUCCAUCCCUCCUGGGCAAGCAAGGCUCUGCCUAUCCGCCCCACGGGCCACAGCCACCCCGGCGUGGGACGGCACCUCCGCCCUGUCUCCCAUCACUGUGAAACGAAGAAAUGCUGGACCCCAGGCCCCCGUCUACCCUCCAGCCCCGGCACCAGGCGUCCCUGCGCGGGACCACCCUGCGGAAACCUGGACUAAUUUAAUGAGAUUCUCCUCUCUGUGAUAUAAUGAAUAAAUACUACGCAGCGAGCUUGGCUGCCUGCUUGGGGGGCAUGUGGGUCUGGGUUACCAGAGCUGCGAGCUCCACCUUGCCCCAAGGUCACCCCAAAGGGCACUUCCUAAGAGUGGGGUGCUCGUGGGGCUGGGCAGAGCAGUGAACGCUGGCAGCUCCUUGGGCAGAGACUGGGCAGGGGUUUAUGUAAGACGGGGCUUCAGGCAGGGUUCUGCUGCAAGGAGACCUCAGGGCUUGGCGAGGGCCAACUUGUUUUGCGUGUACAAAACUGAGCAAACAGCAAAAUCCCUUUAUCUGAGAGGACAAACGGUGAUUUUCCUUGCGUGCCACAGAGGUGUCCUUGCCAGCAGGGCCCAGAUGCUGCUGCUUUCCCAAGGUCACUUCUAGUGAACCACAGCCGUGUUCCCCCUGUUUUGCAGAAUCAACCCCUAUAACCCAAAAUGAGUUAUAAAGCAGGUAUGUUUAUUUCCAGCGCUGGAGUGAAAGGAGGUUCUCCUCCAACCCCCCUGUCUGCUUUCGCUCAUCACCCCCACGGCCGCAGAACCCUUCACAGAGGGACGCAGCACCCCUGAGUCCCUUCCCGUCCCCACAGAGCCCCAGCGGAGAUGGAACAGGGGCUGCGAUGCUCUUGGGACAGCAGCUCUGCCAUAUCCAAGGCUGAAGUCCCCAUUCCCAGUGCCGUGGCCACAGUAGGUGGGCACAGCCCCACGAGCCGUGGUACCGCAUCCCCCAGUCCCUGCCACAUCACCCAGCAGUGACGGCCCCACGCGCUGCUGCUUGCACCGCCCUGGGGAGGGUGCAGAAUCCAAAGAUGCUGUGGGCUGCCCAGAAACUCGGAUCUAGCGUGAUUUGUUCUGGUCACAGCGUCUUGAGAGCACAGAGGAUGGAUUACGAGGAGCUGAUGUGUUGCUAACUAUCCCUUUUACAACAUCAGAGAGCGCUUCUUGGGACCAACACUGAGCAUGUGGAGCCAUGAGAGGGCCUCGGGUUGGUGAGGAUCGCAUCCUCCCACUCCAGGACUAAGGGUCAUGGGUGUCCUGGGGUCACCUGCCCUCCC